AAUGGUCAAGAAUGAUUAUGAAACUUGUGGCCCGCAACUUAAAUCUGCUCUCGAAAAGUUUGCUAAGAGAUACAAUUCAGCAAAAACUAGAUCUAUCACUGUGUUAGCAUCCUUUCUUUAUAAUAUAGGUCGUGAUGCAGACCCACUUGUACGAGUAAAAAGUGGUGCCAAAAUCCAUAUGCAAGUAGAAUCAGUAAAGCGUAGGAAAACGGAAUCUGGUGCAAAAAAAUCAAAUAAUAAAGAAAAUGAUCUGCAUGUUAUUCCAGCACGAAAGGUCCAAGCAAUUA